UAAGUGCCCCUACCAGCUGCCUAACCCUCCUCCUCCUCCACUGCUCUUCAAACAAACUUUGCAGGUUACAUUGUCAGAUACCCAACCCUUUUUUUUUCCCUGAAUACUGCCAAGAAAAGAAGCUUUUUUCUCCCCUGAAAAUACCCAAUGAAAAUGAAGGCAGCAGCAUAAUAUUAAAAACCCAACAGAAGCAUAGAUAUUUCUCUGUCAAAAGCUCUGUUUUUUUGGUAUUUCUCUGUCAAUGGACUUUGAUCUGAAGAAGUGUAGAAGGCAGGCGGAGUCAGAGAAGGAGGAGGAGGUGGAAGAGCCGCAACAUUCUGCUAAAAUCUGUAAGUUUUUUGUCGAACAGCCUCAUCGGCUGCAGCAGCAGCAGCCACAGCCGUCUUCUUGCUCCUCUGUUCUUCCUCUGUUCGUUCCUGGUUCCAUUAACGACUCCAAAGCUUCCAAUAUGUUGUCAGCAUUUCCAGAUUCAACGUCUUCUUCUUCUUCUCAUAGAUUACCCAGGACGUUGGGUUAUUUCAGUGUGGCUCAAAGGCACGAACUCGAGCUUCAGGCUCUCAUUUUCCGAUAUAUGUUGGCCGGCGUCGCUGUACCGCCGGAGCUUCUCCACCCCAUCAAGAAAAGCCUUCUCUCCUCCACUGCCCCCCUCUUUCUUCAUCAUCCUCUUCAACAUUUCCCCCACUAUCCCACUUCUUUAUUACAAGCAGGGUAUUGGGGCAGAGCCGCCAUGGAUCCAGAGCCAGGUCGGUGCCGGAGAACCGACGGCAAAAAAUGGCGUUGCUCAAGAGAUGUGGUCGCGGGGCAGAAGUACUGUGAGCGCCAUAUGCACCGUGGCCGUAACCGUUCAAGAAAGCCUGUGGAAACUACCACGACUAAACCCACCUACACGACCACCACGACCACCACCGCCGCCGCUGUAUCCAGCGGCGGUGGUUCUCUCUGCUCUAACGCUAACCGUGUUGUUGGUGGCGGCGGUGGUCGGCCUUUUUCGACGGUGGAAAGUGGGAAAUAUUCUUGUGUAUGUGGACAAACCCCAUCCGUUGAUCUUCUCCAUCUCAAUCAAGGUGCUUCCUCUGAUUCCUUACCGGAAAAUAAGAAUUUUUAUGAAUCCCAAAAAGAGGCCUCCGCCGGAGACGGAAAAUCCGACGGCCACAUUUUGAGGCAUUUUUUCGACGAUUGGCCGAGGUCCGAAAAUGGUGACUGUGGGAGCGACAACAGCAAUGCCAGCCAACGAAUGAAUCCGACAUCCCUUUCAAUUUCGGUAGCUGGGAACCCGCCGUCGUCAUCCUCCGACGUGUCAUUGAAAUUGUCAACAGGAGGAGGCUCUGAUCAAGGCAGUGGCGACCCUCAUCUUCAUCAAAAUGGCAAUAUCGACGGGGAGCACAUGCAUUUGAAUUGGGCUGCUGGAUGGGCCGCCACACAAAUGGCGUCGAUGGGCGGACCGCUCGCCGAGGCGCUGCGCUCCGCCAAUAAGAACUCGUUGCCCACUACUGUGUUGCAUCAGUUGCAAAGAACAACCAACUCGGAAGCUAACUUUAUCAGCACUUAAAAAUAAAGUUGCAUCUAUCUAAUAUGUGUUAUUGUCUGGAAAAAAA